AUGAGACUUAACUUCGCUUACCCACACACGGGGCUCCAGAAGUCCUUUGAAUUCGAUGAUGAAAAGAAGCUCCGUAUCUUCUACGAGAAGCGUAUGGCUCAAGAAGUUGCUAUUGAUGCUCUCGGAGACGAGUGGAAGGGAUACGUCGUCAGAAUUGGAGGAGGAAACGAUAAGCAAGGUUUCCCAAUGAAGCAGGGAGUCCUCACCAAUGGACGUUGCCGUCUUCUUCUCAAGAAGGGACAGUCCUGCUACCGCGAGAGAAAGCGUGGAGAGCGCAAAAGAAAGUCUGUCCGUGGAUGCAUCGUCGAUGCUAACAUGUCUGCUUUGAGUUUGGUCAUCGUCAAGAAGGGAGAUGCCGACAUCGAGGGAUUGACCGACAAUGUCCUUCCACGCAGACUCGGACCAAAGCGUGCUUCCAAGAUCCGCAAGCUUUUCAACCUCACCAAGCAUGACGAUGUUACCAAAUACGUCAUCACCCACGACAAGACCUUCUCAGAUGGAACCGUCAAGACCAUUGCUCCAAAGAUUCAACGUCUCAUCACCCCGAGCCGUAUCGCCAGAAAGAAGUAUCUCCUCCGCCAAAAGGCUCAACAGAGACAAAAGGUCCGCGAGGAGGCUGCUGCAUACCACAAGCUUUUGGCCAAAUACUCAAAGGAAGUUCACGAUGCCAAGGUUGCCCGCAGAAGAUCUUCUGCUUCGCACACUUCCGAAUCGGAACCCAAGAAGACCGGCAAGAAGUAA